AAUGUCACUGUCACGAAUGUCACUUAUUGAAGGUUAGAAUUAUGAAAAACAGCUAUAUUUUUUUCAAAUUCAAAUGAAAAAUUAACAAAAUUUUGUAACCACUUCCAAAUAAACAUGGCCAAUGUUGAAGUAGAGCCUGGCGCGGCUGCGGAAAGUGUCUUAGUGGCAACAGAUGCAUUUGAUAACAUGGAUCAAAUGAGCUCCAGCCUAAAGGAAAUAAAAAAUACAAAUUCCGUACCCCAAGGUGAAGAAUCCAAUGAUAAUACCAACAAUGAAACUUUUGAAGAUGCCUCUAGCUCAAUAGAAAAUGAUAAUUCCCAAGAAGAUCAUGAACUGAAUAGCGACUGGAUAAGUAAAGAGAAACAUAUCUUUGUACUGAGUAUGGCUGGAAAACCAAUAUAUUCACGCUAUGGCAAUGAAGAUAAACUGGCUUGGCUUUUUGGUGUGAUGCAAACUCUUGUUAGUUUUGUUCAAUACGGAGACGACUGCAUCAGAAGCAUCCAUGCUGGAAAUACACAUUUCGUCUUUUUAGUUAAGAAGCCGUUAAUUCUAGUUGCAGUCUCAAAAACUGAAGAAAGUGACAACCAGUUGAUAGCUCAACUGAACUAUGUGUUCAACCAAAUAACAAGUAUUUUAACUCUCACUCGCCUAAAUAAAAUAUACGAACAGAGGCAAAAUUAUGAUUUAAGGAGACUGCUCUCUGGUGUAGAAAGACUUAUUGACCAUUUAUUGGAUCUAUACGAGAAAGAACCGUCAUUUUCUUUGGGAGCAGUGCAGUGCCUUCCUCUUUCAUCUUCUGUUAGAGAGACUAUCAGUUCAUCAAUUGUAGCAUCAUGUAAUAAAAUCAAGAACUUAGUGUUUGCAAUUUUAUUGGCAAACAACAAGUUGAUAACUCUGGUAAGAAUGAAGAAAUACUGCCUGCAUCCUGCUGAUUUGCACCUGAUCUUCAACCUAGUUCAGGCUUCCGAAAGUCUGAAAAACUCCGAAAGCUGGACCCCCCUUUGCCUACCGAGAUUCGACUCUAGUGGCUUCCUUUACGGUCACGUGUCCUACCUAGCCGAAGACUGUCAAGCCUGUCUGCUGCUUCUGACAGUCGAAAGGGAUAUAUUCUUCACCUUAAGCGACGCUAAGCAAAAAAUCGUUGAAAAGUUGAGACGAGCCAACUGCUUGGAGGCGAUAAACGAAUCGAUGAACUCUCAGGAGGAUAGUUGCGCCAGCGCGGGUUUCCCGGAACUCAGGCAUUACCUUUACAAGUGUAAGUCUACGGCCCAGUUCCAUCAGCCCAUCCUAAGCGCGCCCUACACGCAUUCGAAGCCUCACCUCAUACGAAUCUACAAGAGGGCUAAUCAAAUGUUGCACAACGUUUCACGGCCGCUGAAGUUGGUUUUCGAGCGGAGCUCUCGAGAAGCGGUUCUAGCGUGGGAAACUAAAGGCUUCGAGUUGUAUGUUGUUUUCGAGCCUUUGGUAGACACAGGCGUUGCCAUUAAUAUCAUAGGAAAGUUGUUGAACUGGAUAAAAAAGCGCGAAGACAAGCUCUUUCAUUUGAACGCUCCGACCUUCUGAAACAGUGUAUUAUAUAAUAAUUUUUGUAUAUAUUAGUAGUUGUAUAGUAGUUGUAUUAUUGAAGAAUUCAGGCUGUAUUUUGUAUGUAUAUUUUGCAGCUAGAACACUUCCUCAGUCACGAAAAGGAAGAUGAUUUUGACUUUGGCUGAAGUUGUUUUUUAAUUUUAAGUCUAUUUAAAUAGAAUAAUAAACAAGCACUAUGUAGAA